AUGACUAUGAAAUGAUGAGACGACUUAGUCAAGUGAAGAGCAGCAAACAGGCAAAUCUGAAUUGUGAGGGGGACUUUGUCUUAAAGCGAGACAUCUGACUCUUCUGGUUCAAUCUCCUUCCUUAUCGAUCAUCAUUCAUCAUAUACCCAAAACGAAAUAUACAAGCUUUUAGAGAAAGAGAAAGAGACGGAUGAACGCGGAACAACAACUAGCUACACAGAAGAUUUAACGAGGGAAAAACAGACCAUCAGCUGGAUCCCAAAUUCUUGAAUCUCGUCUGUCAAUCUUCAAGAUUAAAAAGGAAGCAUCUCACCUGGGUGGGUGUUUUCCCAUACUUUUAAUUAUUGCUUCCUCAUCCAUCGCCCAUACAUUAGUUUCUUGAAAACCCACUACAUUUCUACAAUUAAUUUCACACAAAAAACGCGCCUUUCUACUUUCAUCGCAAAUCGUCAACCAUGUCGUCUUCUUCGGAUGCGAAACCGCCAAACCAACAAAAGAAAGCGACGUCAGUCGCGCCGUCUCCCUCCUCCAGGCCACAGUGGGUGCUGCCUUACAAGACCCAAGGUCUGCAGCAACUUUACUCAAUCGGACGGAGACUCGGCCAAGGUCAAUUCGGGACCACCCAUCUCUGCAUUGAGAAAUCUACGGGUAUCCAUUACGCCUGUAAAUCUAUCCCCAAAAAGAAGCUCAUCUGCAAAGAGGAUUACGAAGAUGUUUGGAGGGAGAUUCAGAUAAUGCAUCAUCUGUCCGAACACCCAAAUGUGGUCAGGAUCAAGGGCACUUUUGAGGAUUCUCUCUAUGUUCAUAUAGUUAUGGAGCUCUGCGCUGGAGGAGAGCUCUUCGAUAGGAUUGUGAUGAAAGGGCAAUACAGUGAAAGAGAGGCCGCUAAGCUAAUCAAGACCAUAGUUGGGGUUGUCGAAGCUUGUCAUUCCUUGGGUGUUAUGCAUAGAGACCUGAAACCUGAGAAUUUCUUGUUUCUUAGUACCGAUGAGGAGGCUGCUCUUAAAGCUACUGACUUUGGAUUGUCAGUAUUCUACAAGCCAGGUGAGACAUUCUCCGACGUAGUUGGAAGUCCUUAUUACGUAGCACCCGAGGUCUUGCGCAAACUUUAUGGUCCUGAAGCUGAUGUAUGGAGUGCAGGAGUUAUAUUGUACAUCUUACUGAGUGGGGUUCCUCCUUUCUGGGCAGAAACUGAGAUGGGUAUCUUCCGCCAAAUAUUACAAGGAAAGCUAGAUUUCGAUACUGAACCAUGGCCGGGAAUUUCAGACAGUGCAAAGGAUCUAAUCCGAAAAAUGCUUGAUAGAGACCCAAAGACAAGGCUUUCGGCUCAUGAAGUUCUCUGUCACCCGUGGAUUGUCGAUGACAGAAUGGCUCCUGACAAACCGCUUGAUUCUGCUGUUUUAUCACGCCUCAAGCAGUUUUCUGCCAUGAACAAACUAAAAAAAAUGGCUUUGCGUGUUAUAGCGGAGAGACUGUCUGAAGAAGAAAUUGGCGGACUGAAAGAAUUGUUUAAAAUGAUAGACACUGAUAAUAGUGGAACAAUCACGUUUGACGAAUUAAAAGAUGGGUUGAAAAGAGUUGGUUCUGAGUUAAUGGAAUCCGAGAUUAAGGACCUUAUGGAUGCAGCUGAUAUAGACAACAGUGGAACAAUCGACUAUGGUGAAUUCCUGGCGGCUACUGUGCACUUGAACAAGUUAGAAAGGGAAGACAAUUUGGUGUCUGCGUUUUCCUACUUUGACAAAGAUGGAAGCGGUUUCAUAACUGUCGACGAGCUUCAACAAGCGUGCAAAGACUUUGGUUUAAGCGAUGUUCAUCUUGAGGACAUGAUCAAAGACAUUGAUCAAAAUAACGAUGGGCAAAUUGACUAUGGAGAGUUUGCAGCAAUGAUGAGGAAAGGCAAUGGAGGAGGAGGUGGAGUUGGUAGAAGAACCAUGAGAGGAAACAUCAACUUGGGAGAAGCUCUAGGAGUAGUAAAAGUUGGAAGGAAAGAAAGUGAUUAACAUAAGGAAGUAUUCUCUAAUUUAAACUUAAAUAACUAAAAAUCAUUAUGGGAUUUCUAGUUCUAUCAUAAUUUUGACAUUUUUGUUGUUCUGGUUCUUAAACUUUUAUGUCUGUAAUAGAAAAUGAAAAAAAUUAUAUUCAAGGGUGCGGUUUGAUUUCUUGUUAUCUUU